AUGAAGACUCGAUCCAUGGCGUCUAAAUUCCUUAAUCAAGUUGAAGAAGAUCCUAAGCAAAUUAAUAAAGAGUGCAAGUAACUUAUUCAAAUAGUAUGCCAUUAGUCUUCUAUUUGUAAAAAACAUGAUCUCCUAGUAAACCCAUCAAUAAAAAAAAUUAUUAAUUAACGUAAAUCGAGAAGGUAAGCAAAAUAUCAAGCCAACCAUUAAGAAAGAAAUUAAAAAAAAAAAAAAAUUAGAUUAACUUGAAUAAUAAGUUAAAUAAUAAUAAAGGGAAAAUUUAGAAGAUUAGGAAAAUUUAUAGGAGAUAAUUAAUAAUAAUGAUAUUAAAUAAAAUAAUGAGCCAUUCAAUUAUAAAUUAAUAAAUGGGAGAUCAAUUAAAUAAAAUGAAAUUUGUAGAGCAAUAGCCUUUAAUAAAGAUAAUUCAAUUGUAGUAGCUGGAUGUAAUAGUUAGAUCAAAGUAUUUGAAUUCAAAUAAGAAUUUUUGAAACAAACUCAACUUAUAAAUGAACAUUAGGGGUAUAUUGCUACAUUAAACUUCAUGAAGAAGUCUACUAACUUUAUAUCAGGGAGUGAUGAUUCCUAAAUUAUAAUAUGGUCAAUGAGUCAAAAUAGUUAAUGGAUUUGCUCAUAGAAAUUAAUUGAACAUACUAAAUGGAUAAAAUGUUUAAUAUUGAAUAUUAAUGAAGAUCUUAUCAUAUCAGGAAGUUAUGAUAAGACAAUUAAAUUUUGGGUUAAGUAGAAUGAAUGGUUAUGUUCAAAUACAGUUAUAGAUCAUACUGAUUAGGUAUUAGGAUUAAGUUUAAAUGACUCAUAGACAAGAGUAAUUUCAAGUGGAGAAGAUAAAUUAAUCUUAAUAAUAGAACAGUCAUAAUAAGAUGAAAAAUGGAAUGUAAUUUAAAAGAUAACAGUAGAACAGUGGGGAAUAAGAUUAUGCUUUAUCAAUGAUAAUUUAUUUACAUUUUAACCUCAUCGUAAAGAUUAAAUGCAUAUUUAUGAGAUGAGCAGUACUAAUUAAUUGUAUUCAAAGACUAAAGAAAUAUCACUUUAAAGUUGUUAGAAUGGAGAUGCUUUAUUUUUCCCUUAAUAAUAUAUAAAAUCAAAAUGUUUGAUGGUGAAUAAAAAUCGUAAUGCUAUUAACUUGAUAAAAAAUCUAAAUGGUUUUUUUAUAACACAAUAAAUUAUUAUUUUUUAAAAUCGUUUUGUGUGGGGACAAAUGAGCGAAGAUGGGGAGUAUUUGCUGACUUGGGAUGAA